GUCAGCUGGGAAUUUUUGGAUUAUAUGCUGGAUAGGAUGAAUUUUGGUUUGGUAUGGAGGGGGUGGAUUCGAGAAUGUCUGCAAACAAACUCGGUUUCUGUUUUGCUCAAUGGUAGUCCAACAAAAGAGUUUACCAUGAGUAGGGGAUUAAGACAAGGAGAUCCCUUAGCUCCUUUCCUCUUCCUUAUUGUUGCAGAAGGGCUCAAUGGCAUCAUCUCAUCAGCAUUUGAUAAAGCACUUUUCGAAGGGGUCCAAAUUGGUAGAGGGGAUUUGAGAAUUUCCCAUUUGCAGUUUGCGGACGACACCCUAUUAUUGGGGAAAGCAACAGAGGAAAAUAUAUGGACCACAAAAUGCAUUAUGCGGGCCUUCGAAUUAGUCUCCGGGCUGAAAAUCAAUUAUGGAAAAAGCUCCUUGAUUGGAAUCAAUGUCGAUGACCGAUGGGAAAAGGAAAUGACAUGUCUUCUGAAUUGCAAAUCAGGAUCUCUACCUUGCAAGUAUCUGGGUAUCCCUUUAGGAGCAGAUCCUAGAAGAAUUGCCACAUGGAAGCCACUUAUCGACACCUUCAAAAGAAAAUUGUCUUCAUGGAAAGGGCGGUUCCUAUCCUUUGGAGGAAGAAUAACUCUCAUUAAUGCGGUGCUGACCAGUUUACCGGUGUUCAUUAUGUCCUUCUAUCUACUCCCAAAGAGCGUCAUAGGAAAAUGGUGGGGAAGAUUGCUCACAGAAAAAGGGGGUUUAUGGAGAAGAGUCUUAUGUGAAAAAUACGGGAAUAAAGAAGGGAAUUGGCUAUCCUAUCUAAAGGAGGGUAGACGUCGAGGUUCAAGUUGGUGGAAGGACGUUUGCAAGUUAGAUGAAGGGGUGGGGGCUAAAAAUAAUUGGCUGAGCUCAGGUUUUGAAGUGAAAAUAGGGGAUGGCAGAGAUACAAAAUUCUGGUUGGAUGAAUGGGUAGGAGGGAGUGAGUUAUCUAACAAAUAUCCACGCUUGUUUCUGUUAUCCACAGGUGAAAAUCAUAAUGUCAAAGACAUGGGAAAUUGGGAAAAUGGAAGAUGGCAAUGGAAAUUAGUAUGGAAACGCCAACUACGUGCGUGGGAGGAAGAAUUGGAAACAGAUCUUCUGGAGAUGCUCAGGACAACUCACCCAAUUCAGGACAAAGAAGACAACUGGUGGUGGAAACAGGACCCCUCUGGAAUAUACUCAUCUAAGUCGGCUUAUUCCCAUCUUUUAAAGGACGACACCAACAUUAUGGUUGACUUCAAAAGGCUGUGGAAGGCCCCCAUUCCAUCUAAAGUAAGUGCUUUCUGCUGGCAAUUACUUCACAAGAAACUCCCUACGAAAGACAACUUAGCAACCCACGGAAUCUUGAAUGAUCACAACAACCUAAGAUGCUGCUGGUGUAAUUCAUCAACUGAAACACCCGACCACUUGCUUAUUAAUUGUAACCUAGCUUCUACCCUAUGGAUGAAAUGCUACCACUGGUGGGGUAAACAAUAUGUCUUAGGUAAUUCAUGUAUGAAGGUUCUGGAACAACACAAGUGGUACGGGGGCCCAAAAUCACUAGAUAAAGGGUGGAACAUCAUUUGGUUUGCAGUAGUAUGGACACUAUGGCUGGGAAGGAAUGACAGGAUUUUCAACGCCAAGGAAGCUAAGUCUGAUUAUUUUUUCCAGCUAGUUCAAACUCGAUCUUUUUACUGGGCAAAAUAUAGUGCAGGUCUGGAUGGAUUCUCCUUAACAAAUUGGUGCGAGAAUCCAACCAAAUGCUUAAUGUCCAAAGCCAAAGAAAAAGACAGAGUAUGAACUGGAUUUCUGGAAUUUUCGUUUGUAUGGCCCAUGUACAGUAGCCGGUGAAAAAGAUUCUGAGUAAUCGGCUGUUUUUGUAAGUUAAGGGCUGGAAUACCCCCUGUAUUCCAUAAGUAAUAUAUUCUUUUGCCUUUC